AUGGCCCUAAUUAGGGUUCAUGUUCAUCUCCUUCCCGGAACACACCCCCUACGAUUCACAAAUUUCCAAACGCACCCAUCUCUCCACUGCAAUAAAAUCCCACCAAAACUUCGAAUCUCAUGCUCCAGUUCCAAUUCAAAAAGCAUCAAUGAUAUGGAGCUCGCGAUGGAUUUGUCAACAGAGAUCGAAAGGAUGAAAAUCCAGAUGAUACAAACUCAGGAAGCCAUGAAAACGAGCAGGAAGCUCUUGUAUGCAGAACUGUGCUUGUACCUUGGAUUGGGGAAAGAGGAAUUGAGGAGAAAAUGGGAGCGAAUGGAGGAAGAUGACAAAUGGGUUUUGGCUGAAGAAUUCGUAUCAGAUUGGAGUUCCAAUUUUCAUCCAUUGUCUGCUAAAUCCGUUAAGCAGUUGGUCGAUCAACACUUAUUUCAAGAUGGCAACGACCACGACAAUGGUAAUAACAAGGAUAAUAACUCAUCUCAAGAUUCUUCUUCUUCUUCGUUAUUGUUUAGUGGAUUGAAGAAACUCAUGGGAUUUCCAGAUGAUAAAUGA